UCUUGGUUUACUUCCUGCACAUGUGCUCAGUGUGAUGAGAAAAUCCGCAUGCAGUGAUAUUUUUGUGUGUAAACGAUCUAACGCUUUGAAACUUCAUCGAAAAUUAAUUUGGAUCACUUAUCAACAUGGGCCCGGCUUCCAAAAAGAACAAAAAGAAGAGGCCUAGCUUCCGGAAACUGCUGAAAACCAGCAACCUGAAGCUAGAAAACAAACAGAAGAAUCGGCAGUUUAAGCAGCAGAGCUCAGCUAAGAAACAUCGCAAAGAACAGAGAAAACUACAUCAAGCCAUCACAGAUGUCACCCAUCAGACCCUCAAGCCUCUGGAGCGCUAUAAAACCAAAAGAGUUGGGGAGGAGGAAGAGGAUGAGGAAGAGUUCCUUGAGUCUCUGCCCAUAGAUAUGUUGGAGGAGGAUGACCUGGAAGAGAUCAAAGCAAUGGCACAGAAAGCCUCAUUUCUGACACGAGAUCUCUCCUCAUGCGCUCCAGUGCAUGCUAAAAAGCGCAAGUCCGAUCAGCCGGUGGAGACGUAUGAGAAGAUGCCCAGGAAAAGGCAGCAAAAUGAGGAGAAAGAGCUCAUUCACCUGCUGCCCCUUAAAGACAAGAGAGGCUUGAUCCCUCAGAGCAUGGAGAAACCUGUUGUGCCAGAGGCAGAAGAAGAGGAGGAAACAAAGGAUCAGGAUCAGAUGGAGCAACAGGAACUUGUGAGCACUCCAUCAUUAACCCCUCAAGAGCAGUUAGAGCUGCGCACACAGAAGCUGAUGGAGAGGAAGUUACGAAUCGCAAGUCUAGCAUCAGCAAUACUAGCAGAUCCACAUGCUAAUAUCAAGAAGCUGAAGGAGAUGAGGGCCAUGUUAAUGGAAACCGACCCGUGUGUCGCCGUCACUGUCAGGAAGUUAGUCAUGGUCUCCCUCAUGGAGGUGUUUAAGGACAUUGUGCCGUCAUACCGAAUUCGCCCCCUGACGGAAGCUGAGAAGGCCACAAAGGUGAAGAAAGAUACGCAGCAGCUGAGAGAGUUUGAAGAGGGGCUUGUCAGCCAGUACAAAUUCUACUUGGAGAAUCUGGAACAGACUGUCAAAGACUGGAAGCAGAAGAAGCAAAAGGGCAGUCAAGCCGUGUCUCUGCAGUGUUAUAAAGGUCUUGCUGAAGUGGCCAUCAGGUGCAUCUGUGAGCUGCUGGUUGCCCUGCCACACUUUAACUUCCACAACAACAUUAUAGUCAUGGUAGUGCCCCUGAUGAACGACCCCAUCAGGAAGGUGUCUGAGAUGUGUUGUGAAGCGGUCAGGAAAAUGCUGAAACAGGAUAAACUGGGUCAGGCUUCAUUAGCAGCCGUGAAAGUUAUCUCUGGUAUGAUCAAGAGCAGGAACUAUGAUGUGAAACCAGAGGUGCUGAAGACUCUCCUCUGUCUGAGGAUAAAAGAAGUGGACAUGAAGAAAGAUACUGAAGAUACUGCGCCCAAAAAGAAGUUCAUGACAUUCAAGGAGAAGAGGAAAAGUCUGUCCAGGAUGCAGCGGAAGUGGAAGAAAGCCGAGGAGACGCUGCAGAAAGAACUUCUAGAAGCUGAGGCUUCAGAAAGCAAAGACAAGAAAAUUAAAAUGCAUACAGAGACGCUAAACAUCGUGUUCCUCAUCUACUUCAGAAUACUGAAGAAAGCUCAUAAAUCCAUCUUACUGCCUUCUGUUUUAGAAGGCCUGGCAAAGUUUGCUCAUCUGAUCAAUCUGGAAUUCUUUGAUGAUUUGUUAGCGGUGCUUCACAGCCUCAUCAUGUCGGGUGAUUUAACGUAUCGUGAGAGUCUUCAUUGCAUUCUCACAUCCUUCCACAUCCUCUCAGGACAAGGUGACGUUCUCAACAUCGACCCUUUAAAAUUCUACAGCCACUUGUACAAAACACUGCUGACACUGCAUGCAGGAGGUGCAAAUGAGGACAGUGCAAUCGUGCUGCAGUGCCUGGAUGUGAUGCUGACCAGGCGCAGGAAGCAGGUCACCCUGCAGAGGGCGCAGGCCUUUGUUAAAAGACUGAGUACGCUUAGUCUUCACACGCUGCCUGACUCUACCGUGGGCAUCCUGGCAGCCAAUAGGACGUUGAUGCAUACCUUCCCUAAGUGUGAUAUCCUACUGGAUAAUGAGAUGCAGGGCAGUGGCGUGUAUCUCCCAGAGCUAGAUGAGCCAGAGUACUGUAACCCCCAGAACACCUCACUUUGGGAGCUUCACUUACUGAAGACACACUAUCACCCCAUGGUGAGGAAGUACGCUGUUCAUCUGAUGGUUGGAGCCCCCAGUGAAGGCUCAGGUGCUCUCAACAUGGAGCUCGGCAGAAGGACUCCAGUGCAGCUGUUUGAAGAUUAUAGUGUUAAAGACAUGACAUUCAAUCCACCUGUUGCAGGACCUCCCUCCAAGAAAAAGGAACAUUUAGUAAUCGGUCAUGCAUUUUUGGAUUCUGACCUGAAAAGACUUACUGAUGCAGCUCUUCAAACGGACUUUACAGAACAUACAGUAAUGGACAUUAUGGGGUGCAAAUUAGAAUAAGCCAUUUUGUACUUGGUUAAUCAUUGGCUACACAAGUGUGUUGUGAAAAUGUUUUCAACACUAUUUAUUGAUGAGAGCAGUUUCAAGUAAACUGUGAUAUUGACAUCACAGGAUUGACAAUAUAUUCCUAUUUUACAAGUGCUGAAACCAUCAAUGCACUUCAAAUAACAUGAAACUCAACUGUUCAAAGUAAUAAAACAUACAUUGAAAAGAUACAGACAUGUGUACCACAUAAUAAAAUACACUUCAUGGGAGUCUAUCUUCUCCUGAAAAGUUAAAAUGAUUUAAUAUCUCAAGAUAGAAGUUCUUAAAAUCACAAACAUUAUACAUGAAUACAGUACGAACAGAUAGAAGAAACAUUCUUGCCCUUAAAAAUAAAUAAAUUCAUAAUUAUGUACUCUUUCAUAUGCACAGACAACCUGGGUUAUAAUAUUAAAUAAAUUAGGGAAAUAACAGAAAAGUCAUUUUCAAAUUCUACUUCAGCAGUGAAGUUUAGAAAUCACAUGAAUGUCACAAUUAUAUUGUUAACACUCAAUGAUGAUACAUAUGGUUUCAUUUAAAAUAUGCCCCAAAAAAUAGAGGAACCAUUUAAUAUCCUUAAAAGACACAAAUAUUUUAAUUGCACCAACUAAGGUGACAGUUAGUUUCUCAAGUGGACUAUGUUUUGUGCAAAAAAUUGUCUUCUAGCUCUAAGAAAUCUAAACCCAUAAUAAAUGAUAUGCUUUAAAGAGAACAUUACACUAAGAAAAAAAAAAAAGGCAUUUCUUUAAAUACCUGUUUGGCUAAAUUCAUGGCAGUUUACAGAAAGCUACAAGGUGCCGUUCAACAUCUUGCAGUCAUUAAAAUGCGCAAUGAAGGGAAACCAAUUAAAUUAUCAACGAAAAUAUGAAGCAGCAAUCAGUUGUGCCCAUCCGCUCUAAACUCGAAAUCCUCGUUCAAGGGAUGUGAGCCCAAAAGAACUUUGAACAAACCAUUUAAUGUUGGGACUAAUAAGUAUAGUGUUUACCGAGUUGGGAACAUUUUCUUGAUUAAUUUCCUCUAUCCAAAAUAGGGAGGCGAAAUAAAAAAAAUGGCAAUGUGCAAAAUCACGAAAGAAAAUGAAAUGCAUAUAAAUGCAUUCAUCACUUACAGGACAUUUAAAGUAGGACAAGGAGAACUGCAAACUCCUGCCUUCAUCUAACAUCCAUGAACUAUUAAAACAAGAGCUUGAUAACCCGGAUACAAACUGACGAAAAGCCUAAACUCUUUUCUCAUCCUGUUCCUGCAAUGAUAAAGGCUCUUGCUAGCUCAACUGUAUACUUCCUCCAGAGACUCUAGUUCUCUAUGGGAUGAGCACUAACCGGUUUCCGCUAGGCUGCUGUACACCAGCAUUUUGAGAGCUUAACCUCAACAAACGAGCCAUAUGUGAGAGUGGUGAACACUUGAGAUGCUGCUAUG